AUGAGAAACUUUGCACUGCACUUAACACAUUGUCAGAAGAAGAUUACCAAGACACAAGCCCUCAACUUCUCCACCUUUGCGUGCCCUGUUCUUCAGUCACAAGACCCAUGUCUUCCAAUCCAAAACCUCCAAAGCAGAAGGCGGGCAUUGGUCAACCUCUUACAACUACGCGUUUCAGACCAACCCAUUUGGUACGACAAGAGAAUGCAUGCCCAGGUUGUCGUAUCGGGCUUUCAAGACGAUGUUUUUCUUGCUAAUCUUCUAUUGCACUCUUACACAAAAUCUGACUCUAUUGUUUACGCGCGGAAACUGUUUGAUAAAAUGCCUGAAAAGAACUCAGUUACUUGGUCCUCUAUGGUUUCUAUGUAUACCAAGCAUGGUAAUGAUGAAGAAGCAUUGGUGAUGUUUUCCGAGUUCUGCCGGAAUUCCGAUGGGAAGCCGAAUGAGUAUACUUUAGCUAGUGUUAUUCGGGCUUGUACGCGAUUGGGAGGGGUUGAUCAAGGUGCUCAAGUGCAUAGUUUUGUUGCGAAGACUGGUUUUGAUCAGGAUGUUUAUGUGGGUACUUCUUUAGUCGAUUUUUACUCAAAAAAUGGCGAUAUAGAAGAAGCAAAACUAAUUUUUGAUGGUUUAAAAGUAAAAAGUACAGUUACUUGGACUAUCAUGAUGUCAGGGUAUGCAAAAUGUGGAAGAAGUGAAGUGUCUUUGAAACUGUUCAACCAAAUGAGAGACACUGACGUUCUUCCUGAUAAAUAUGUGCUUUCUAGUCUUCUGAUUGCAUGUUCUGCGCUCAAGUUCAUUGGAGGUGGCAAGCAAAUCCAUGCUUAUGUGCUUAGAAGGGGAACAGUAAUGGAUGUUUCAGUUGUUAAUGUACUCGUAGAUUUCUACACAAAGUGCGGUGAAGUGCAGGCAGGACGGAAGCUAUUCAAUACAAUAGUAGUCAAGGACCUCAUUUCAUGGACCACAAUGAUAGCUGGGUAUAUGCAAAACUCAUUUAAUCGGGAGGCCGUUAAGCUAUUUUCUGAAAUGGCCAGAUUGGGUUGGAAGCUAGAUGGAUUUGGGUGCAGUAGUAUUCUUACUUCGUGUGCUUCACUUGAGGCCCUUAAUCAUGGGAGAGAAGUGCACGCUUAUGCUAUCAGAGUUAAUCUUGUUUAUGAAGAUUAUGUGAAGAAUAGUUUGAUUGAUAUGUAUGCAAAAUGUGAUUCCCUUAAUAAUGCAAGAAGAGUUUUUGAUUCAAUGGCUGAUCAUAAUGUGGUCUCUUACAAUGCAAUGAUUGAAGGAUACUCAAGACAGGAUAAGAUGUCUAAAGCGCUGGAUCUUUUCAAUGAGAUGAGGCUUAGAUUGGUCCACCCAAGUCUCUUGACAUUUGUUAGCCUUCUUGGUGUCUCAGCUGCUUUAUUUACAUUGGAAUUGAGCAAGCAAAUCCAUGGUCUGGUCACCAAAUAUGGGUACUGUUUGGACGUAUUUGCUGGCAGUGCUCUCAUAGAUGUUUAUGCUAAGUGCUCAUUUAUUAGUGAUGCCAGACUUGUAUUCGAGGAGAUGAAUGAGAAAGACAUUGUAGUGUGGAAUGCGAUGUUCUGCGGAUACACCCAACAGCUGGAAAGUGAAGAGGCUCUCAAGUUAUACUUGGAAUUACAGUUAUCAAGACAAAAACCCAAUGAAUUUACUUUUGCUGCCCUAGUCUCAGCUGCCAGUAACCUAGCAAGUAUCCAGCAUGGUCAACAGUUCCAUAACCAGCUCAUUAAGAUGGGUCUUGACAGUGAUCCAUUUGUCACAAAUGCCCUUGUGGAUAUGUAUUCCAAGUGUGGAAGCAUUGAAGAGGCUUGCAAAAUAUUUGAUUCCAAAAUUUGGAGCGAUGUUGCCUGUUGGAAUUCCAUAAUCUCAACAUAUGCCCAACAUGGAGAAGCAGAACAAGCCCUUAUUAUGUUUGAUAGAAUGAUGAAGGAGCAAAUAAAACCCAACUUUAUCACAUUUGUGGGUGUGCUAUCAGCUUGUAGCCAUGCAGGCCUUGUGGAAGAUGGACUUCGCCACUUUGAAUCAAUGCCUCAGUUUGGAAUCGAACCAGGGACAGAGCAUUAUGCUUGCAUAGUUUCUCUCCUGGGUCGUGCUGGUAAAUUAUUUCAAGCUAAGGAAUUUAUUAUGAAAAUGCCGAUAAAACCAGCAGCGAUUGUAUGGAGGAGCUUGCUCAGUGCAUGCACAGCUGCAGGCAACAUUGAAUUGGGGAGGUAUGCAGCAGAGAUGGCAAUUUUGAGUGAUCCAGUAGAUAGUGGAUCAUAUAUCUUACUUUCAAAUAUUUAUGCAUCCAAAGGUAUGUGGGCUGAUGUCAAGAGGGUGAGAGAAAAAAUGGAAUACACUGGGGUGGUGAAAGAAACUGGGCGUAGUUGGGUUGAAGCGAAUAACGAAGUUCAUACAUUUGCUGCGAAAGAUAGAACGCAUCGCGAGACCAGUCUUAUACUUUCAAUUCUAGACAGUUUGAUUCUGCAGAUGAAAGGGCUUGGUUAUGUGCCUGACACUACGACACUUCUCAUAAAUGAUUGA